AAAGGAGACCAGCAGAGGAUUAGAAGGAAGGAGAGGAGACCAGCAGAGGAUUAGAAGGAAGGAGAAAGAGACCAGCAGAGGACUAGAAGGAAGGAAACGAGACCAGCAGAGGAAUAGAAGGAAGGAGAGGAGACCAGCAGAGGACUAGAAGGAAGGAGAGGAGACCAGAGUGAGAACACAAGUGAGGAUGACGAUGUUGGACUGUUCUUCUUGUUCUUCCUGGGUCAGCAGGCUGAGAUGUCCCCGACCUCACGGCUUUCUAGCCCACGUUAUUACCAAAGUGUGUCUGGGAGCGUUGUUGUUUGGGGUGGUCUGGUCCAUCGCUGAGAAGGAGUGUUAUCCAGGGGGGAAUCUGUUCGGCAUCAUCAUCUUGUUUCUCUGUGCUGUGUGUGGAGGAAAACUGGUUGGACUGAUCCAACUCCCUACAUUGCCCCCCUUCCCCCCUUUAGUUGGUAUGUUGCUGGCAGGUUUGGUGCUGCGUAACGUCACGCCGUACGUAACUGAGGCGGUCCACAUUGAGCAGACCUGGUCAGCAGCUCUGAGGAACGUCGCUCUGGCCAUCAUACUGACCCGUGCUGGACUGGGCCUCGACCCUUCGGCUCUCCACAGACUCAAGGCGGUGUGUGUGCGACUGGCAGUAGGACCGUGUACAGUGGAGGCAUCAACAGUAGCUGUGAUGUCUCACUUCCUGAUGGGCUUGCCCUGGGUCUGGGGAUUCGUACUGGGGUUUGUUCUGAGUGCUGUAUCCCCAGCGGUGGUGGUGCCCUCCAUGUUGUUACUCCAGAAGGAUGGCUACGGUGUGGAGAAGGGAAUCCCUACUCUGCUGAUGGCUGCUGGGAGUUUUGAUGACAUCCUGGCCAUCACAGCAUUCACCACCUCUCUGGGCGUGGCCUUUGCCUCAGACUCGACAUGGCUCAAUGUGAUGAAAGGCGUGCUAGAGGUGGUAGGAGGAUCAGCGGCUGGCCUGGUGCUAGGACUCUUCAUCUGUUUCUUCCCCAGUCAGGAUCAGGAGGAAUUGGUGUUGAGGAGAAGUGUCAUGUUACUGGGUCUGUCUGUGUUUGCUGUGUUUGGGAGCCAUGUAGCAGGGUUUUCUGGUGCAGGGGGACUCUGUACUCUGGUCAUGGCCUUCAUAGCUGCGCUGGGCUGGGGGGAAGCGAAGGGCCCAGUAGCAGCAGUGGUAGGGAGGUUCUGGGACAUCUUCCAACCGCUGUUGUUUGGACUGGUAGGAGCACAAAUCACAGUAUCUACACUGGACCCCAACACAGUGGGUCUGGGCAUGGCAUGUCUCGGGACAGGUCUGGUUAUCAGGGUUCUCUUCACGUUUCUCAUGGUGUUCUUUGGUGGAUUCAACACAAAGGAGAAGCUGUUUAUCUCUGUGGCUUGGCUUCCCAAGGCCACAGUACAGGCAGCGAUAGGUUCUAAAGCCUUGGACAUGGCCCGUGUGUCGGGGGAUGAGGUUCUGGUGAAGUACGGUCUGGAUGUUCUGACUGUGGCUGUUCUGGCCAUCCUCACUACAGCACCUAUAGGAGCCCUGGGGAUCGGCCUGGCAGGGCCCAGACUGCUGACCAGACACCCGGAGGACACACACGCAGACAGGAAAGAGGGUGACUUGGAGGCAGACACGGAGACGCCACAGAAAGACAUGGUGACCUUCGAGAGCAAAUUAUAACGAGAGGAGAGGAGAGGAGAUGGGAGGAGAGGAGAUGGGAGGAGAGGAGACGGAGGAGAGGAGAGGAGACGGGAGACGGUAGA